AUGCCCGCGGUACAUGAAGACCCAAACGCCCCGGUCAUCGCGACGGAUAAGGAGCUUCCUGGCACGAUCUCUCCGCGUCAGGUAACUCUUAGGGACCGGGUCACUGUCGCGACGCUGGUCCCGUUCUCAUGCGCGGCCGAAGUACCGCGGUCUCUGUUGGGCUAUCUAUCAGAUCAGCUCAACAAAGAGAUCGAAAAGGGCGAUACGUAUGCGAUGACUGAUCCGAUUGCUCUGGAUGAUUUUGGUCCGUAUUGGUUCUCCAACUUUGGUGCCGUCAUGCUCUUGGGUGAUAUCAGGAGCGCUCAGGAUGUGCAGGCUAUGGAGAAAGCCGGCACGGAUUGGGCGAAAGCCUGCCUUGGCAGUUUUAAUAUCAGACCGAACUAUCCUGGCCGCAGCAGUCAUAUCUGCAAUGGCAUGUUCUUGGUCACAGAUGCUGCACGGAACAGAGGUGUGGGUAGGUUGAUGGGAGAAGGAUAUCUUGAAUGGGCGCCAAAGCUAGGAUAUACUUAUUCUGUAUUUAAUCUUGUAUAUGAAAAUAACGUGGCGUCCUGUCGUAUAUGGGAUGCAUUGGGCUUUAAGCGGAUUGGAAAAGUCCCGAGCGGGGGUAAAUUGCGCUCCCAGCCCGGUCAGUUCGUGGAUGCCAUUAUAUAUGGACGGGACUUGGGUCCCGAAGGUGAAGACUCUGUGACUCAAGAGCGCUUUGACAAGAUAAGAUAUUACCUCAAGCAUUCAAAAUACCCGCGAGGGGCCGACAGAGCUGAGAAGAGCAGGCUGAGAAGCGCUGCAACUCAUUACAAAUUAGUCGGCGGGGAGAAUGGGGAGCCUGAAAAGCUCAUGUUGAAAGACAAGGAGGUUGUGUCUGAUCCCCAGCAGCAGUAUCAGAUAGCUCGUCAGAUUCAUAUCCAGCAGCACGGAGGGAUCAACAAGACGACUGCUACGAUUGCCGUGAAGUACCACUGGGUAAGAAUCAAAGAGACUGUGAGCCGAGUCAUCAGGGACUGCCCGCAGUGUAAGGAAGCACCCAAAGCUCCUGUUGCUGGGGCGGGCAGAGCGGAUGAGUCGUCGGUCGCUCGUUCGAGCGAUAUCAACGGAUCACCAGAUGCGGCAACUGGUUCUCCAGACGAGCUCAUGACUGACGCUCCCAAUGGUGAAAAUCCUUUCGUAUCGACGCAUCAAUCAGUCGUGCCGGCGCCUGUUGACUCUAUCACCGACUACACCAAUAUGCCUCUUGACCCGCAGAUCAUCGACAUCAACCAGCAUCUCCCCAGGUUCCAACACCACGACGCCAUGUCUGACCCAUAUGGACAUGUGGCGCAGGACCUGCCUCAUUCGAACUUCGAGGAUGAAGUCAGACGGCAUGCUGGCAAUGACUACCAAGUCAUGAUGAAUGACGAGUCGGAUACAGAGGCCGCUGCUCUACGCCGGGAGACCCUUGGGCUGGUAAACGCUCCGCUGAGCGAAGCCCAGCACGAACAGGAGAUGUUAGCGAGAUACGUCGAACGGUCAGAAGACGACUUGGAGUUUUAG